UGUGUUUACACAACGAUGUCGUUGGUAUUCCAGAUCGAAGACAAACAUUAGUGCCCAGAGAACUCACAGGGCCUCUUUUUGCCUCGUCCCGUGUCGUCUCGCUUGCUUUCCGUACUGUUUCCCGUGCCUUUCCCCAACUGGGUCUCAACGCUGAUCCCCCAAUUCCCUCAUUCUACCUCACGUCCAACAACAAACGGUUGAACUAAACCCCUCAGAUUCAUCGAAACGACCAUGGUUGUUCGGAAACCCGCUUCAAGAUUCAUCCUUUUCGCCCUCACGGCCAUGCUGCUGCUGCUGCUGCUGCUACUCACUCUGUCAGUCCCCGCCCGAGCAUCCGAGCCCACUGGGGAAGACAACCCUGAUGAUGAUCUCGAGGGGAUCGAUGAGCUUUUGGCCGUGGACUCUGAGCUGGAGCAGGAGAGCCCAGAGGACGCGAAUGCGAAGCUGUCCGAGGCGGAGGUGCUGACCCGGGCGCAGAGGAUAGUGCUUGAGCUGAGUACUGAUAGUUACAAGAAGGUGAUUGAGAAGAACGAGUACGUCCUGCUACUCGGGUACGCUCCUUGGUGCCACCGGAGUGCCGAGCUGAUGCCCCGAUUCGCGGAGGCUGCUAACUCGCUUAAAGAGCUCGGGAGCCCGGUUGUGAUGGCUAAGCUUGAUGCUGAGAGGUACCCUAAGGCUGCUUCCAGUCUUGAGAUCAAAGGGUUCCCUACUAUGCUUCUCUUCAUCAAUGGGACUCCUCAGAUUUACACUGGUGGAUAUUCGGGGGAAGGUAUAGUGAUCUGGACGAGGAAAAAGACUGGUGUUCCGGUCAUUAGAAUCAAUUCAGUGCUGGAAGCGGAAGGAUUUCUCAAGAAGAAACACAUUUUUGCUCUUGGCCUGUUUGACAAAUAUGAGGGACCCGAUUAUGAGGAGUUUAUUAAAGCAGCUCAAACUGACAAUGAGCUCCAGUUCAUCGAAGUGUCUGAUGUUGAGGUUGCUAGAGUUCUGUUCCCAGAUGUUGAGUCUUCUAAUAAGUUCCUCGGAAUUGUCAAAAGUGAGCCUGAGAGAUAUACAAGAUUUGAUGGGGCCUUUAAAAUGGAGAAGAUAUUGGAGUUCUUGGAUUUCAACAAGUUUCCAUUAGUUACCAAACUGACCGAGGCUAAUUCUGCCAGAGUUUACUCCAGUCCCGUGAAACUACAGAUGUUUGUCUUUGCAGAGGAUGAUGACCUCAAGAAGCUUCUUGAGCCUCUUCAAGAAGUUGCAAAAAAAUUCAAGUCCCAGAUUAUGUUUAUAUUUGUAGACAUCACAGAUGAGAACCUUGCGAAGCCCUUCUUAACUUUAUAUGGGUUUGAAGAAACUCGGGAUAUUGUGGUGGCUGCUUUUGAUAACAAAAUCAGCUCGAAGUAUCUGUUAGAGGCUGAUCCGACACCAAACAACAUUAAGGACUUCUGCUCAAGGCUUCUGAGUGGUGCCCUGUCUCCUUAUUUCAAGUCACAGCCAAUACCGGAUAAUAAGGAGGCAAGCAUCAAGGUCAUUGUUGGCAAGACAUUCAACGAACUGGUUUUGGAAAGUCCCGAGAAUAUUUUUCUUGAGGUUCACACACCGUGGUGCAUCAACUGUGAGGCAACGAGCAAACAAGUGGAGAAGUUGGCUAAGCACUUCAAAGAUACUGAUAACUUAGUUAUGGCGAGGAUAGAUGCUUCCGCAAAUGAACAUCCUAAGUUGCAGGUUUUAGACUAUCCAACGCUCUUGUUUUAUCCUGCCAGUGACAAGACAAAGCCGAUAAAAGUUUCCACUAAGCUAAGCUUGAAAGACAUGGCGAAUUUCAUCAGCAAACACCUGAAGGCCAAAGGUCCCAAUUCUAAAGACGAACUAUAGAAGGACAUACAUAGUCUUAAGAAUAAAUAGUUAUUUGUUGAGUUAAAAGGAGAGAAGAUAUAGCGAGAGAAGCAAACAAUGCUUAAAGUUUUAGUUAAUGGCUUGCUUGCUGGAACAAAUAUACAUGCUGGUUUCAGCUAUUUUUCUUGCGCCGACUGACUCAAAUUUUUCUGAGUAUAUGCAGACAGGCAAGCCAAUAAUAGAGUUAUUUCUAGGUUCAUCUUUUGUAUCACAAUGAUUGAAUUUAGUUGCUCCCAAUUAUACUGCAAUUUCUGGCCACUGUUAUGCUUUA